GUUUUAUCCAUCGAUAUGGAUGAGUUUUCCACUAUGCCACCGUCCGAUCGGUUCGGCACUUCAUCUACAUCGUCUUCGCCAGCAGACAUGCAUCGUCCGCGUCGUCAUCUGCCGUCUCCGGCCUUGGCGCAAGCAACGUCCUUACUUAGACUGACUCAGACGUAUGGUGGCAGCUUUGAUAUUUGCGAUUUGAGCGUAUUGCAUUUGUCUCUGACGAGUUCGCCGUCAGCACCUGUCGUAUCUUCGACCGUCCUCCAUCCAUCGGCUCUUAUCGGAGUGGCCGGUCGUAAGCUACCCGUUCCGCGGCGAGCUCAUCCCGCCGAUCACCACAGCAAAAUGUCGUCGUCGGGCCAUCACAUGAGCCAAAGUGAUUUGAUGAUGGCAAGCGUGGCAGAUGCGAUGGAUGAGAUGGAUGCUCUCAUUCGUCCCUCGUCGGGAUCGGCCUCGAUUGGAAGUGCGAGCGUUCGCGAUUCGCCGAAACUUUCGCUGUCGAGGAAGCUGCCCGUGCCGCCCGUAUCCGCCGCAGCUAAAGUCAUCAACCAAUCACGACGCCUCUUGCCGCGACCCUUGUCGUGCGACGUGCCGUGUGUCAGCGAUGCCGACAUGGCCGCCGGACUGCAACCGUCCGCCUACCUGCCGACGAGUCAGAGAGCGAGGAGCUCGCAACUGUGCCGACCUUUUUCCUUCGAUUACUCAUCCGGUGCGGAAGCCGAAUUGGAGGAGGCGGCGUUACUCCAUCAGCCGCAACAGGGGACGGUCGGGAGCGAUCCGAGUCUUUUGUAUUUCGAAACGCAGAAUCGCCGCACUUUGAACCGUCAGUCGAGCACGACGUCGUGUCCUGCGUUGGUCCGUCCUUGCGCGUUGUCGCCACGCUCUCCCAAGUACCGAACGGAUGCGUCCUCGUUCAACGGAAGUGUCAGCGGCGGAAGUAGCAUCAACACGACCCCUAGUCCCCUGCCUCAUUUGCAUCAAUCCUCGUCAAUCCUGUCGACCACGACCAUCACCGAUCCAGCUGCCUACGUCCCGACCGGAGUCCUUGUGCCUUUUUCUACCCCAUCACACCACACCGCCUUACCUUUAUCGAUUGUAUCCAGUCAAGCGGUCGGGACAGCUGGAAUAAUCCCUCCCCGUCCUUAUUUGUGGCCGGCCACUGCCACUCACGAGAAUCCGUCGUUAAUGAUUCCUUCGACCGGUUCGGCCUUUCGUGCGCCGCCACUCGCCUCUCAAUACAGACAAGCUUCACUGUCACUCCCGCCAAGCGGACUUGAUCCGUCGUUCGAUACCGCCACGACGGCCACCACCUCUAGCAUUGCUGCUACAACAACAUUGGCGAUGCGUCGCCACCGUUUCCAUCACGACGUCGGUGACGAAGGCGGUUCCUUUUGCGGACCGUUUGGUGAAUUUUCGCAUUACCGAUUGGACAUGCAACGUCCGUCGCGCUCGCGUCAGCCUGUCCGCAAUAGUACCAUCUUGGCGGCCAGGAACGAUGUCAAGGGAUCGAUCUCUGAAACGCUAGACGAAGACGAAGAGAUCCUAGGCUCUGAUGACGACGAACAAGAAGAUCCCAGGGAUUACACUAAAGGUGGAUACCAUCCAGUCAAGAUUGGUGACCUCUUUCACAAUCGAUAUCACGUCGUGCGCAAACUGGGAUGGGGCCAUUUCUCCACCGUCUGGCUCUGCUGGGAUUUGGUGGCGAAGCGAUUUGUGGCCCUCAAGGUGGUCAAGAGCGCAUCGCACUACACGGAGACGGCCCUGGACGAGAUCAAGUUGCUGCGCUGCGUCCGCGAGAGCGAUGAAACGGAUCCUAAACGCGAGAAGACGGUCCAGCUUCUCGACGACUUUAAGAUCAGCGGAAUCAACGGGACGCACGUCUGCAUGGUCUUUGAGGUUCUCGGCCACAACCUCCUCAAGCUCAUCAUCCGCAGCCAGUACCAAGGCAUUCCCCUGCUCAACGUCAAGACCAUCAUCCGCCAGGUCCUUGAAGGUUUAGAUUAUUUGCAUACCAAGUGUCGCAUCAUCCACACAGACAUCAAGCCUGAAAAUAUAUUGAUUUGCGUCGAUGAGCCCUUCAUCCGGAAGUUGGCAGCUGAUGCCACCCAAUGGCAUAAGAUGGGCAUGAAACUUCCCGGAUCUUUAGUGAGCACGGCGCCCAAAGAGCUGCAGUCGCCCAACACGACCAACAUGUCAAAGAGCAAGAAGAAGAAGAUGAAAAAGAAAGCCAAAAAGAAGGCGGAAUUGCUGGAAAAACAGCUCCAACAGCUUGAGGAGCUGGAGGAGAAUCUCCAGAUCAAUGGAUGUAAAGAGACGGAGAAGAACGGAACGAGCUUCCAGGCUGCAGAUGAAGCGUGCGCAGCCAAUCCCUCUCUCAGGAACGGUGGAUCAAACAAUGUGGAACACCGCAAGAGUUUCGCAGAAAUGACGGAGGCCCAAGUUCAUCCAGCUUCGUCCGCCUCUGCACCGGAAGGCUUUCUCAAUCCACAAGAUAAUCCUAAUGGCAACGAGAACUCGAUCGGUAGUGAAAGCAGUAUGCGUCGCACGUCUUCUGUUCCAGACCAGCGAUCAUUGUUGGAUAAAAGACCGGAUCCUGUCCGCGAAGUCUGGCCCGAUAUGUUGGUGAAAAUUGCGGAUUUGGGCAACGCUUGUUGGGUGCAUCAUCACUUUACCGAAGAUAUUCAGACGAGGCAAUAUCGUUGUCUGGAAGUUCUGCUCGGUGCUGGAUACGGAACUCCGGCUGAUAUCUGGAGUACGGCUUGCAUGGCUUUCGAGUUAGCCACCGGUGACUAUCUGUUCGAGCCUCAUUCUGGUGAGGAUUAUUCGAGGGAUGAGGACCAUUUGGCUCACAUUAUCGAGUUGUUGGGCGAUAUUCCAAAACACAUCGCGGCUUCGGGAAAAUAUUCUCGCGUCUUUUUCAAUAAAAAGGGAGAGCUGAGACACAUCACAAAACUGAAGCCUUGGGGUCUGUUUGAGGUGCUAACGGAGAAAUAUGAAUGGGACGUGCAACAAGCGCGCGAUUUUGCCGAAUUUCUUCAUCCCAUGUUGGCGUUUGAUCCUAACCAGCGAGCCACGGCAGCCGAAUGCCUGCUCCAUCCGUGGCUGACGGGCGUACCGCUUGAUGGCCAUCAGCAACAGUUGCAAGCCGAACGUCGCCAGUGUCUGUCCUUUGUCCAUCAACCGACCGAAGAAGUCGGUGAUUUGGACGAAGAGGACGAUGACGACGAGGAUGAUGAAGACGAUGAAGAUGACGACGAUGAUGAUGAGGAUGAUGACGACGACGAGCGUGAUGCAGAAAAACCUCGACAGGUCGUUGUUCCUUCAUGACACUCUUUCGAUUUGAUUGGCAUUUCGUCGCUCACUUUGAUCAACCGCUCGACCACUUCACCAUCAUCAAACACUCCUUCCCCUCACACGAACAUAUACACUCAUGAAACACGUAAAUAAUCAUGUCCUUUUUACCUAAACUUCCCUCCCAAUGACCUUUUUUUUUUUUUUUUUUUUUUUUUUUUUUUUAAUAGUCCAUCUUUCCUCCUAUUCGUUGGCUGCGUGUAUUCCAUCUUCCUGUCAUUGAAUCAUGCCCGAGCAGUGAAAAAUCAUAUCCAUUUGGUGAGAAAACAAGCAACAUCUCCCUCCACCAUCGUCCCCUCCUUUUUUCAGUUUUCAAUCCAAAUCCAGUUCAAUCUUUUUAUUUAUUAUUAUUUUCUUGUCGCCAUUUGAAAAGUGAACGUAGAAGGCCAUCGUAAUGGAAUUCCAUCCCUUAAAAAAUAUCAUCCAAUCCAGCAAUCGCUAGGUCAUAUUCAGAGGAGAGGGAAACAACAAUAACGCAAACGGAAUAGUUAGCCCAUAAAACGAGGAGUUUCAUUCCGUUUCGGGAUGCAUUUGCAAACUAUUUGAUAUGCCGCCUCAUUUCCUUGAUUUUUGUUUACUUUUUUUUUUUGCUGGGCGUCUCUUUCACAUCUCUGAGUCGUCGUUGUCUUGUGUCAUUUUUUAAUUUAUUUUCUCUAAGUUGAAGAGGAGUUACGUGCGCACUCAUGCUCCUACAGUUUGAGAUCGGUGUCGCACGAGUCUUGGAGAAAACGAAAGAUGCGAUGAUACCGCCAUCGCCCCGCUGAAUUUAAAUUAUUCUUUGAAUGUCGUCCCGACAUUCCAGACUGCGUGACGGUAUUUAAAACGUCAAGACGUAUCUUGAAGUUCAUCGUCAUUUGUUCCCGAUUUUUUUUUUUUUUUGUCUUUGUUAAUGAGCAAAUUUGAAGAUGUACCGAACUUGAGUACGAAAGAUGGGUGAUUGCGUAGCACUCGUCUGUCUUGACAGGAGACAGAAUGGAAUUGGUACCUUAUGUGAUACGCCGUUGUCGAGGUUUAAGUCCUUUUUUUUUUUCUCCCUCCCUUUUUGUCCCUAGAACGUCUUUUAUUUUGAAAAUCUCCUUUUGCGGGAGGGGAGGGAAAGGGGGUUGGGGUUUCAAGUGUUGAAUGAAGCUCCUAGGGCAAUAUAUAUCUCACUGAAUUGGCUAAUUUUUGUUUAAAUUUUUUUUUAAUUUUUAUUUCUAUUCUAAUUUUUUUUUUGUAUAUUAACGUUGGUGCGUGGCCUGUUGCACUCUAUAAUGGUGAAAACGAAAAGAAAAAAAAAUGAGGAAAAGCAGGCUACAAAUAGGUAACUGGAUUGCACGGUUCGAUUAGUAGAUUGACUUGCUCGCUCUCUUUGUACACCACCACAAUCCUUAACUCUCUCUCCUCGUCGUCUCUCUUCUCUCUCUCUCUCACCCCCCGUCCUCACCCGAACAUUUAUUAUCCAUUCUUCGAAUUGAAAGUCAAUUGUAGCCCCCGAUAGAAGACAAAAAGAAGACGAAGAAGAAGGAUAUUGUUAUCUUCCGAGUGCAAUUCUGCGGUUCUCUCUUGUAUCUGUCCUGUCUGACGCAACCUAUCGCCUCCCUCUCAGAAUUCUGUCACCUUUAUUAUGAUUUCUAUUUUGUCGAUAAUAGAACAAUUUGAUCAGGAGAAACAGGUGGACAAUUAUUGGAAUGAGAAGACGUUCAGCCGCGUCUCGUUUUGCGUUUCUUGUAUGUAUGGUCAGUUAAUCCCCUCAACCUUUAUAAUCGUCAAUCGCGGAUAACGUCAUCAACCCUUUCAAGAAAAAGUAACGAAAAACAAAGAUUAAAUAAACUCCCAUGUUUAUCCUC